AUGGGCCGCCGUGCCAAGUAUCUCAACAAAGAAGAUAAGCAAGCAGCAAAGAAAUGCCAACGAGCCGCAUAUAGGCAUACGGAGGCCGGAAAACAGGCGCAGGCGCAAAGCAACCACAGGAGCUAUGUUCGUAGCAAGGGACUGCAUGCGAGUCCUUUCUACGGGCUGGUAACUGAGGAGCUGCCCAAGGAGUUGAUCACAAUGGCACAGCAGCCGUUCCUUUGCGAGUCGGCUCGCAACGGCAUCAGCGACAUAGGCUUAAGCCGGUCUCCUUACGAAUUCCACUUCAACCCGCUUGUUGAGGAGCCAACGGACAUCAAUCCCUUCGAGCCCGAAGGGUAUCUCAGCGAGGAGAGGCUCACUCACGAACAGUUCAGAAGACAACUCAACGCGAUGGAGUUCAAUUACAUGGUAUCAGCGGGGAUGGAGCGCCUACGGAAAUGGGAGGAUGCAGCUCACUGUGCGCCGGUUGGUACGACCGAGCAGGUAGCGUCCAAUAUGUUGCAGGAGGUUCGCGCGAGGGUCUUGGCAUGGAAGAAGGCAGAUGCAGAGGUUAAGCCGCACUCAGAGGGCGAGGGUGAGGAGAGCGUUGCACGGAUGGCUUACUUGGACUGGGGAGCGAAACAUAUAUGUUGCCUUCUGAAGGAAUUGCAGGACAUACGCAACGCACCUAUGCCAUUAGAUUUGAACCAGAUGUAUCGUUGCGGCGGGUUCCCGUGGCAGAGUAUGAACAUGAUGCAGUAG